GGUGGAACUUAUAUACCAGCUGGUGGAACUUAUAUACUAGCUAGUGGAACUUAUAUACCACCAAACCCUCCAAGAGAAGCACCUGCACCAGGACUACCUAAAACAUUUACAUCGUCACAUGGACACAGACACAGGCAUGCACCAAAACAACAACAACAACCAACAGUUCAAAAUCCAGCACCACAACCAACAGUUCAAAACACUACACAACAACCAACAGUUCAAAACCCUGCACAACAACAACCACAAACAGAGCAAGGACAUAAAAGAAGUAGAGAACAAGGAAACCAAGAAUUCUUAAAAAUGCUUAAGGAAAAUUAUGGUUACCCAGAUACUCUUGACUUUAGUGACAGAUAUAAAGAAGCUAUUCGAAAGUUCAAGGAAGGAAAUACUGACCCGAACCUAUUUAGCUUUAUGGUUCAGCACCAAAUGGGAUAUAAUUUCAAACCUGGAAAAUACAAGCUCGCUAAGGGAUAUGAUUUAAUAGCAUAUCAUCCAAAUGACAUGGAUGAAUUUACUCCGAGAUAUUUGAUGUCAGAGCUAAAUGAUAAUUCAACUCUCUUCAUGAAACGCGUAAAAAAUAGAGACGGAACGAAAGAAGAAAGGUUUAUGAGUCCGGAUGACUUAGAUAGGGAACUUUUUAAAAACGGUCUCGGAAUAUAUGAAAUGCCAGCAGAUGAGGUACAAGAAACUCAACAGGAAGAAGUUCAGAUACAACCAGACAUGGAAGAAAUAGUUCAGCAACAACAGCUAGAAGAGCCUGAAGGAAACGAACAAGUUCCUCCUUUGGAAACUAACUUCACAGAACUAGAUGAAGAUUUGGAACAGCCGAAAAAUCUUGACCCUCAACAAGACUAUGAGGUGAAUAUGGAAUCUUUCCAAGAGUCUAAGAAAAAUUCGGCUGACAGAGUAGAAGAAUAUCGAAAAAUGUUCACCGACAUACAAAAGACUCCAACAUCAGAUGAAAAUAUUCAGCAUAGAAUGGAAGUACUGAAAGAAAAUGUACGCAAAUACAAUAA